AUGAUCUUUACUACCUCCCUUCUCUUUUCUGGUCUUCCCAUUUUUGCGCUGACUCUUAUUGUCUGGAUUGGCCAUGCCUGCUUCAAAUAUCACCAAUACGAGCGAAUGCGUGUGCAGUUUGGGUGUUCACCGUUCAAACAUUAUCCAAGCUGGGACAGAAUCCUCGGCCUUGAUUAUGUUUAUGACAUGGUCAAAGCAAUCAAAGAGAAUCGCUUCCUCGAGUUCCAGAAAGAAACAUACUCUGCUAGUGGGGCCAAGGUUUGGAGAGCCAACUUUCUCGGGAACCGGAUGAUCUACAGCUCGGAAUCUGAGAACAUGAAGGCCGUGUCCACUUCUCAUGGAGAUUGUUUUGCAGUUGAGCCAAUCCGAGUAGGAAAUGGAGCCAUAACUCCAUUUCCGGGUCGUGGUGUCAGUUCGUCUGACGGCGCGAAGUGGCAAGCUUCGCGAGAUCUAGUCAAACCAUAUUUUGACCGUGCUGGUUACUCCAAUCUGCAGCGGCUGAGUCAACAUGUCGAUCGAUUGCUAGAUAAGAUCCCAAAGGAUGGAUCAGUCAUUGAUAUGCAGCCAUUGUUCCAGAGAUGGUUUCUUGACACAUCCACAGACUUUCUAUUUGGAGAGACAGUCAACUCUCUUGACAAACCGGAAAACCAAUGGCCAUUCAGAGAUAUGAUUGCUGUUAUGGCGGGAUUGCGCCUCCGAUUACAACUCAGCUCUUUCUUAUUUCUCCACCGUGAUCCUGAAUGGCUUGCUGCUUGCAAGCGGAUCCAUGUAUUCCUCGAUACCUACAUCGAAAAAGCUUACAAGCAACUGGAAGAUGAGAAGAACGGGAUGCAAGCGACUUACGCAAGCGGAGAGGCUCGGAACGACUUCCUCUGGACGAUUGCCCGUCAAGUGCCUGAUAAGCUCGAGCUGCGGACGCAGUUGACUGCUGUUUGGAUCCCGUCUAAUGAGACGACAUCUAUUCUCAUGAGUAACACCUUAUUUGCUCUCGCACGACAUCCCGAAGUUGUCCAGAAGCUACGGAAAGAAAUUCUCAAAUACGGAGAUAAGCUCUUGACAUUUGAAGGCUUGCGAUCAAUCGAUUACCUGCGAUGGAUCAUCAACGAAAGUCAUCGUCUGUAUCCUGUCAGCCUGCAGACGGUUCGAGCUUGCGUCAAAAAUACCAGCCUCCCUACAGGCGGUGGCACACAUGGCAAAGCACCCAUUUUCUGCGCAAAAGGAGAUAUCGUGCAUUGUAACCGAUAUCUCAUGCAUCGUGACCCGGAUUUCUGGGGUUCUGAUGCUGAGAUAUUCCGUCCAGAACGAUGGGCAGAAGUCAGGCCCUUAUGGAACUUCGUUCCUUUCGGCGGGGGACCCAGAAUUUGUCCCGCUCAUGUUAUGGUGGACACUGAGUGCAGCUACACCAUUUUCCGGAUCUUGCAGAACUUCAAGGCAAUUGAACCUAGAGACGAUGAGCCAUAUACAGCUGUCAUGAGGGUUGGCCCGUCAAAUAAAAAUGGUUGCAAGCUUUCCUUUGUACCCGCCUGA